GGCUCAAGGGCACAAAUAGAUUAACAAAGAACCAACAAAAAUGCUGCACGCAACGUCACAUAUGGUGCCAGCUUUCAUCGGGACAAAAACAACUUAGAAAAAAGCUGCUGCAUCGAUGGAAAUGCUAUUCAAGUGACUACAAUUGAGUCAUUACGUUUAUUCCGCAAGACGUCCUAUAUGCAACCUAGCCCUGAAUUUUUCCUCUGAUGGAUAGCGGGGCUGCAUCCCCGCCCUCAUCCGUGGUGGCCGGCCCUUCCACUCUGUGGCGCCUGGCUGAGAGGCGAGCGCGCAAGGCCGGCUCUGGGAACAUCUUCAGCAAUGUGAACCUGUGGCAACUGCAGAGACUUUUCAGGGCGGCCGGUGAUCAGGAUGCCGAGCAGAGGGCUCAGCUGGUUUGGGCCCACAGGGAUGAGACUGAGCUUGCCCAAGCCUUGGUGGGACUCAGGACCCGGAGUCACCGCAGAGGCCUGAGGGCUACCGGGAGGGACGUACUGGGCGCACACUGGAUGCGGGCCUUCAAUCAUCUCAGUAUUGCCGAAGGGUUCCCAAGCAGCCAGGAAAAGGACUCUGGUGAUGAUACAGAUGCUGCGGCUCAUGGCAGCGAAGGUCCACAUCAGCACACUACAAAUGAGCUCACUACAGGGGCAUCAGCGGUUCUAAACGAGAGCCGAAGCUUCAGGUCACCCGAGAGAUCUCCACGAGCCGGUUCGAGGAGAGGUGGCGAGACUGACCCUGACAGAUACCUUCACAGAAUACAACACUCAUGACAUGAAGAAGUCAAAGGAGAGAUUCCGCCACGGAAUAUAACAGUAGAAGUGUGAGUUUUACAGCAAGAGCAUGUUUGAUUAACUUCUAGGAAUUGCAAGUGCACGACAAUUUGUCCAUACAGGCGAUACGGUAUUUACCUGUUUGCGCAGUGAUGUGAGAAUACAUAAUGCUGCACUUGCUGUUUUUCAUGUGUUUUAUAUUUAUGGCUUACAACUGAUAUUAAUACAAAUUGUUAGUGUAAUCAUGACUUUACUAUUUUAGUGAUCGUGGCGUGUUUCGACUUUUGGAUCUCCGUUGUAAAUCACACCCCUUGUACCAGCAUAGAAUACAUCAAUGAAUGUAUUGUUGGGCUUGAAAUAAAACACUACCAACCUCAUCAAA